CGAAUAGGUAAGCCGCAGUGGAGCGGUCACAUGGUAGUAUCACAUGACCGUGACGUCAAGUCCUUUCCUAGGAUUGGAACUAGCCGCUACCCUGCGAGAUUUGACUCCUUUCUCUUUCCUUCGCCUGGUCGCAGCGUGCUGACGUCAUUGACGUCAUCCCAGGGCAGCGGAAAAUGGCGGAGGCUCUACCGAAGGCCGGGAGGUACUUCUGUCAUAGCUGUACGGCCGAGAUUACCCCGCGGCUCCCGGAAUAUACCUGCCCUAGGUGUGAUUCAGGAUUCAUAGAGGAACUCCCUGAAACAAGUAGAAAUUCAGAAAACAAUAGCAGCAACAAUUCUAGAACAGACCAAAACAGACCUUCGUUUGAGAACCUAGAGUCUGCUCAGUUCACACUUCCUUCUGGGUAUGGCCAGGUCACAUUUGGAAUUUUUAAUGAGGGCCUGGACUUUCCCAUCUUUGGCACUAGUGGUCCAGUUGAAGAGACACGUGAUGGAGAAAGCAGGCGGGAGCAUCAGUCACGGCAGAGAUAUGGUGCUAGACAGCCCCGUGCCAGGUUGAGCACAAGACGAGCUGCAGGAAGGAAUGAGGGAGUACCUACAUUAGAAGGGAUCAUUCAGCAGUUAGUGAAUGGGAUCAUCGCACCUACAGCAAUGUCAAACCUGGGGGUGGGUCCAUGGGGUGUCCUGCAUUCCAACCCCAUGGAUUAUGCAUGGGGUGCAAAUGGCCUAGAUACAAUAAUCACACAGUUACUUAACCAGUUUGAAAACACCGGCCCGCCCCCUGCGGACAAUGAGAAAAUCCAAGCCCUUCCUACCAUCCAGAUAACAGAAGAGCAUGUGGGUUCUGGUCUGGAGUGUCCCGUGUGUAAAGAGGAUUACACAGUUGGUGAAUGUGUGCGGCAGCUUCCUUGCAAUCACUUAUUUCACAAUGACUGCAUCAUCCCUUGGUUAGAACAGCAUGAUACAUGUCCUGUUUGCCGAAAAAGUCUUAGUGGCCAGAACACAGCAACAAAUCCCCCUGGACUGUCGGAAAUGACUUUCUCCUCCUCUUCAACCUCAUCUUCUUCCUCCACCUCCCCUACUGAUGAAAAUAAUUCUGCCAACAAUUCCUGAGCCCUGGUACUGAAGGACUGGAUCAACUGCAUACUGCUCCCUUAUUAUGUGGCCCUCUCCUGUACUGUUCUCUCACCUUUACAGCAGAUAGAAGCUUUACAUUUGGGGUCCUCACUCCAGGACGCUUAAUGGACCUAAGGGAUGUCUCCUCCUGCUGGUGGGAGGCAAAUGGAAAUUAAACAUGUUCCUUUUUUCCCCCCUUUAAGCUUUGCAAACUAUAUAGGUGGAAAGAGACCGAAUAGGUGCAAGCUGAGCCUUUUUUUUUUCUUUUUGAAAGGGGGAGGGUAUUUCCCCACUUUUAAAAACAAAACAAAAAAAAUAGCAGAAAAACGUUGUGAGUUGUGUGUGAGGUGACUCAUUUAUUAUUUUUAUUUUUUUUAAUGUUUUGACAUUUUUAAUCUUUAAAUUAAAAGUUUAUGGUUGAGUCUGCUCCUGGAGUGAGCAGCCACUGCACAGUAA